GGAGUACGGGUCUAAGCUGCAUCGGGGGUCCAAUCUCAGCCCCACAGCCGUGGGGUUUUUCUUCGGUUGGGUGAAAAAUAAACAAAAUAGCAAUAAACAACAUCCCGGAGACCGCGGCUUCGACCGCAACCGCGAGCCCAGAGCCACAUUUUAUUACCGUUUCUGCCGUGGGUUUCAGUGUGCUUUCGGCUUUCGCGGUGUCUACACGGUUCGAUCUAGCGCCCGGUCUGUUCGCUGUCGGCCGCCGUUUGUGGUUUUUGUCUCGGAUAAUUGGGAUUAAUCGGUACGCGAGCCCGCAAGUGCGUUUGAAGGCUCUUUCAGUUCGAUUAUCUAAGCGUAUGAGUCGUCGCGCGGAUUGUUCGGUAUCUUCUCCGCCAAUGGCAUCGAUGGACCAAUUACUUCAAAUUGAUUGAGGACUUUGGUGUGUCGUGGUUCGCGAUAUUUGCCCGGUUAAGUGCUUCGGGGCUGCGAUUGAUUGCAUCAUAAUGGGGGUCACUUUUUGGGGCCACCCUGGUAAAUGAUGGCCUGCAGGCCUAACAAUCGUGCAUCAUGUGGAUAAUUGCACAGGAUGACGACGCCUUACUACGACAUGCGUCGCUUGUUCUGAAGGACUGGAAUCACGGUUGUGAGAAAAAGGACGUGAACUGAUCGUGACGAAAGACCCGAAGUCGUACUUUCCGGUCACGUUUAACUCCCAGUUGGACCCAACAGAAGCCUGAAACUUAAAUUGCUUUGCGUGUGUGUACAUUGUGAUCAGUGAGUUCUAAGGGUUCGAUCGAGCUACAAGUUCUGUAGCCAACAGUGUCUACCCCGCUAAAUGCAGGGCAAAGUGUGUCGAAAUCGACCCCGUCUUUUAAAUGUUCUCUGUUUAUGCAAAUUGCCAACAAACAAGUGAUUGUAGGCGCGCGUUACAAACAAAUUUUAACCCCAGAGCCGAGCCGAAGUGAUCAACAGUGGUGCCCGAUUACGGUGGUGGAUUGCAAAAGAGGCCGUAGCACUUCGUUCCUGACCAUUUGCGCGAAGAAACAUAAAAAGAUUGAUUAACUCUUAGCGAUAGUGUCGUGUUGAGAGCGGUGUAUUUGUGGUCCCGCGUCCACCCCCGAUUCGGUCAAACUCCGUUCGUAAGAAGAAACAGAAUCGGCAAACCGCACCUCCGUCCCAAGCGCGGGGAUCCACGUUGAACAAGUGAAGUGCAUUGGAGGUGAAGUGUCCCAAGUAGUCUGUUCCAUAGGGUAUAACCAGCAAAUCAUCGAUGAUUGAAGCAUAAUGAGUGGUGGUUGACCGUCGUUCGUGUUCCCGCGAAGAAGUGCGGAUGUCGUCGCGGAUCGCUAAUGCCCUCGUGUCCGCGCGCGCGCCUUGUGGAAAAUCAUUCAUCCGUCCUGUGUCGCGUCAAUUUCACACCGCUAGCUGCUCGAGCUGUCGUUGUAACCUGAAACCCUUGAACGGAAAAACGUUUUGCCAGCGCCAUUCACGACUGAUGAGCGCUUUGCUGCCGGAGCAGAAUUCUGUCUUAAUUCGCGGAGAGUGCUACCUAGUUGUGUAAAUGCCGGGAAGAGCGUCAAGCGAAACCAAUGGAUGUGAUUAUUAGCUUGGAUCGAACUCCACCGGAAAGUGUGCGAUUUGAAGCGACGAACUCAUAGACCAACAACAAUCACCACUUCGGCGCAAAGCCAAAGUGGAUGUCGUACCGGAUGGGAUACGUCUUUAGUUGUUUUGUUUGGAGAUCUCAGCUAAUUAGAUGGAACUAACCAGCACCGUUGGAUGUGGUGACGUAUGUGUGUAUAUAGCUAGCGGAUCUCUCAGAACCUGAGGUUCUUGAAGCGAAACGCAACAUACCGGUGAUCUAGAAGGGCGAUCUCUAGUCCCUUCAACGGAACAGUACAGGCUAAUUGUGCGCAGGCAGGACCAACAAGCUCAAUUUCCCGAUGCCUUUCAGCAUUUGUUGCUGCCCCCAUGUGUGUCUCGUAAAUUUAACCAAAGCACUUGCGGCCCUAUAUGCUUACCCCCGUUGACUUCUGUUUGCCUGCAGUAAAUCGAAAGUGGAAAUGUACGUUAAACAAAGCGAAAAUGUGGUAACCUUACCGGCUGCAGCAAUGGCAGCGACAAUGACGGCUACAAUAAGUACCACGGAUCAAAUCUAAGUCCCUAGCCAACAGCCAGCAGUAUGACGUGUACGGAAGACUGCACCUGCAGUCUCUGUCGGGAGUUACGCGGCUACAAAUUAAAAGUAAAACCUGCCAGCAAGACGGACCGGUCUCUAGGGUGUCCGGAAGGCACUUCAGCUGGCGGAAAACCGUCUCCGCCAGGGUCAAAAUACUGUAAAAAUAGCAAACUAAACAGAAACGACAACUUCAUUCUCAAGCGUCGACUGUCCUCGGAUUGCAACAAAGAUGGCCGCCAUGGUGCUUCCGCGACACCAUCGGCGGGCGCAUCGACGACGGAAAUUAACUACGAAUUCUCGGAGCAAGCCGCCAUCACAUCCCGACAGCUUAACCGGAUGAAGAAAGCCCAAAGUUAUAACGAGAUCUCCUGCUUUGCGAAAAUCAACAAAAACCGCUACAGCGGAGGUGUGAUCGAGCCAAAGAUGAUCAAAAGCACCACCAACCUCACAGAAGAAGAUGACUACUUCAGCUAUCUGCCACCUUCUCCGCCUCCAUCCAUCUCAGCGUCCGCCCAAAAUAUCAAAAACAAGAUUGAAAAACAGAAAGACCACAAAGUGAUCAUCUAUUUCGGUGAUAGCAUAGCCCAUAAGAAAUCCGAAAAACCCAAACCUCCUCCUACGACACCUCCCCCACCAAAGGUCACCGAACUCAACGUCUUCCACGCUCAACGUCUUUGCGAAGAAACCGCAGAAAUGCACUUCAAGCGACAAAACUCAAUAGUCAUCAAGCCAAAGCGUAAAGAUACCUCAGAACAAACCAAACCCGGUAAGGAAUUCAUGCAACAACUCAAAUCUGUACUAGAAGAGAAAAAUAAGACUUCGGGUCCUCCGGGAGCACCCACCGCGGACCCCAUGGGACCAGGCUGCUCGGCAACUGUGGUGAUAACGCAGAAGAAAGCCUCCCCUGCACAUCCAGAACCCAACAGACCUCCUACCAUAGUUGCCGAACAGCCACAGCAACCGAAGCACACCCAAGUGGUAGAGAUCGGACGGGUGGACAGGACGGUUGCAACCGAGGACGGCGAAAAAUCGCUGCCGUCGUUCGUUGAAAGUGUCGUCAAUGGGGUCAUCAACAUCAAGAUCGAGGAAAGUUUCAAGGUCGCUACGGAUAUCGUCCAUGCCGUGUUUCAGAAUGAUCCAGGUGAAGAAGGGUAUGGCUGCAACGAUGACGAAGUCGGAGAUCCCUUCGAUUGGAGCUUCGUGCAGAACUGGCGGGCACGGCCAUCCGGAAGCGUUGCCAACGGACAUGUCAACACGCCAUCAAACAACAGCAACUCCACAUCGGGAGUCAACAGCUCCAGCAGUAACCUACACAAUGGUUCCAAUGGGCUGUCACCUGGCAAUCACUACAUCGCCUCUUCAAACCCCGUUACAUCUGGACCACGGAUCCAAAGCCCCGCUGUGGCCACUCCAGCGCCACGAGUCUCCAAGGAGAUUGCCGUCCGCCCACCGAACGGAAACCAGGUGGAUCCUCGAAACUAUAACCUCUCACCUGUGCACAGUCUACAGCAAAGUGGGGAAACCACUGGCUCGAGCGCUGUCAGCCAAGGUAGCAAUCACAAUCUCACCUACAACGCUUCGGCCAUGAUCCCCGAACGGGACAUUGGUCCCACUAAGUUCACAAACGGAAACAUCAAACAACAGCACCAUACUCCUCCACAUGGCCUUCAUCAACAGCUGAACGGAUCCCAUCAUGCCGCAACCCCGCAGCAACAAGGUCCCCACAGAUCUGUAUCGGGUCCAACUAAAUUGACCGUCCAAAGCUCUCCGGUCAAAUCCCAACCGGCCAUGAUCAGCUCCGGACUAGACAAAUCCAACCUCCAGCACAGUGCCAAUGGCUACAACGCCAAGCGACUGAACCCCAGUGGUCUUAGCAGUAGCAACGACAACCUCAUCAAUUCUCCGACUUCCUCCACAGAACCCCUAAACACCAGCAGCAACAGCUCCAGCAAUGCCAGCAGUGUUAGCCAUCUCAAGCAACACUUCGCCCAGAACCAUCACGCCAUGCCAGCUUACCAUCAUCAACAAUCGCAGCCCAACUCUCUUGGUGGUCCACCCCCAAAAUCCCUCGGCAUAACACGAACUCAUCACCACACGGGAACGCAUGACUUCCGUGGACUGCAGCGCGUCAACGAAUGUCACAGCUCAUCAGACGAGAAUCGAUCGUCGGGGCACGCUUCCAUGUCUGACACGGGUCACGGCAGCAGCUCUCCCGGAGGUAAUCGAGCGAAUGGACCUCUUGGUCCACUACCGGAAGAUCGUUUGGCGGCAGGUGUCACGAACCGAAGCGCUCGAUCCAGAGCUAGUACCAAUCAUUCGCGAUCCCGACAUAGGGCCACACCCGCAAAGAUCCCAUGGGGUGGAGGAGGGCUUGAAGAUAUAAAGUUGGCCAUUCAGCAACUGACUAUGCGCUCCCAUACGAGUACAUCAACUUACAGCAGUUUGAGUGCUGGCUCGGAGAGUUCUGAACCUGAAAGAAGACUUGGGAGAUAUAGCUCGCUGGAAACUGUGAAUACCAACGUAACUAGCGCCGAUGAAUUUGUCUGGGUAGAUUCACACAAUCGUUUGGUGGAACUUCAGCAUCCUCCAUGGAGUCAGCACUGUGUUCUACGGGUCCUGAGGUCUGGUCGUUGUAGGGAGCAUUCUGAGAGGGUUUCUGUUGAAGCGGUCCCCAGAUUGGGUUAUCUUCUACAGCGAGCGUUAGUUAGAGUGGCACGUGAAGUACAACGUCUGUCGGGAUGUUUGGGCCUGUGUUCUAAACAUGAAGUCUCAGGUGCAUUCAAAAUAGUUCUGUCCCCUGCGCUAGCUGAUUCGUGUAUCAAAGCUUGUCUUCGAGCGGCAGCUAUGUUUGCUGUACCCGGAGAUAGCGCCCUGAAGCAGAGUAAAUCUGCCCGGGCUGGUCUUCAACUUCCGGUUGGUAGAUUCCAUCGCUGGAUGGCCGACGCCAGAUUGGGAAGAUUCGUCCACGAGUAUGCUGCAGUCUACCUUUGUGCAGGCCUGGAAAACCUACUUGAAGAAAUAUUCCUACAGUGUCUACCAACGGAUCCCACAACAACGCUUACAGCAAGCGGCUUAGAGCAUGCAAUCGCCAACUCUGGAGACUUGUGGGGUCUUCUCCAGCCUUAUGCUCAUCUAAACGCUGGCCGAGUCGCUUCAGGAGCUCUAACCAUGCCACGCUGGGCUAGUCAGUCAUCGAUCAACUCCAACAAUCAAAGCCCUGCGCUAGAACCAUGUCUGCUAACCACUUGCGUAGGAAGCCUAAAUGAGCUCAAGGAUCUGGUGCAACGAGCACAGCUGAGAAGUCAACAUAUUACAAUGUCACUGUCGGCCUUACGAGUGCUGUUCUAUUUUAUGCGAUGCUCACAGCUAGAACAUAAUGACAUCGGAGUGGCCACCAAUGGCGGUGGAACCAACAUUCAGGAGCUCUGCUACGAGCGAGCUUAUGUUGUUCUACCUCCACUCGUUGAAUGGAUCCGUGUAUCCUCUGCUCAUGCUGAGUACCGCCAUGCUCUGCUCAUCGAUAAAGACGACAUAAUGCAAGCCGCUCGUCUGCUACUACCCGGAGUGGAUUGUCCGCCAAGGUUAACCAUUUCCGAAGAAGAGUUACCCUCGAAGAGACUUACACUGUCCAGCCAAAGUAUAGCGUCGUCGAACCACUCCGGUCAAACGCAACCUCUUCACGGAUCACUAUCAUCCAAUUCAUCUGCAUCAACUUCUAGCAGUAAUAUUGAGGAUUCCAGCGAAUGUGGACGGCGAGCGACGUACGCGCUCGCAUUCCGUUUGAUGCUUACUGGUCGUGCUGAGCUUCUUAUCCAGGCUCUUUCACUGGUACCCCCGACCACUCGGUACGAUACUUUGAACCAUCAAGGGCUGACAGCUCUAAUGGUUGCCGCGGUUCGCAACGACGAUGGAGCCAUCCAAACGUUGCUGGACGCUGGUGCUGAUCCGAACAUUGAAGUACCUGCAGUGGGAUAUCCUAAUUGUCCGGCCAUACAUCCGGAAACCCAGCACUGGACAGCGAUUACUUUUGCUGCGUGUAAAGGAAACUACCAAGCUCUUCGAACACUUCUGGAACGUGGAGCGCACGUGGAAGGUGGCGCCAGGCUGAGCGAGGAUAAAUGUACUCUUACUCCGCUUCAAGUUGCCAGUGGUGGAGGUGUCGUGGAAGUCGUGUCUUUGCUUCUGGCCCAUGGAGCACAUGCUUUCCUCUCCACGCAGCUCAAGGAUUCACUGAGUUUCUCGGGAAGUGCUCAGAGAGGUUGCUACAGUGCUAUCUCUGUCGCUGCUGCCCACGGUCAAAGAGUGUCUUUGCGAAAGCUUCUAUCGCAUCCGCUGGCUCCAGGAAGCCGUGAGGUUCUAUCGCUAGAGGAAAUGCUAGCCGAAGGUGACAGCACAAGUCGUACGCAGUUGGAUCGACAAGCGGAAGUCCCUCCAACAUUGAACAAAACACAAAUCAAAAGUCUUCAAGAGGCCAUGUAUCAUAGUGCAGAGAACAACCAUUUAGAUAUAACAAUUGAGCUGCGUGCUCUUGGAGUUCCCUGGACACUUCACUGUUGGAUGCACGCCUUGGCGGCUGCCCAUGAGCUAAGGCUCGACGCUGUCAUCGAUCAGUUGUUGCAGGACUUCUUGCAAGUUUGUCCCGACGACUACAGUCAGCAGUUUGUGACGGAAUGUCUGCCGCUGUUGUUCAACAUAUUCCGUUAUAGUAAAGUAAGUGAUUCCCCAAAUCUUUUCUAUGAUGUACUCUUUCAUGAUCGAAUAUUUUUUUCACAGAAGGAAGGAACAACUUUACUGUUGGCAGACAUCUUCAGUACCUGCUUUGGCUGGGAACCGAUCAAACCUAUUAAAGAACCCAUAUUGUUACCAUCAAAUGGAUCCAGAAUUGAUCCCAAAUUCGUCAACAACCCAGAACUCAGCGAUGUAACCUUCAGAGUCGAAAAUCGCAUCUUCUAUGGACACAAGAUCGUACUGGUAACUGCUUCGCCACGUCUGCAGAGCAUGCUGAGCUCCAAGUUGAACGAAGGCACUGGUACCCCAACAGUUCAGAUCAACGAUAUCCGCUACCAUAUAUUCGAGUUGGUGAUGCAAUUCUUGUAUAGUGGAGGAUGUAACAGCCUGGACGUAGCUACCGGAGAUGUUCUGGAGCUGAUGGCGGCGGCCAGUUUCUUCCAACUGGAAGGUCUUCUUCGAUACACUGAAGCUCGCUGUGCUGAAAUGAUCGAUAUCGAUAAUGUUGUGGCCAUGUAUAUCCAUGCAAAGGUCUACAAUGCCCAGAAGCUGAUGGAGUACUGCCAGGGCUUCCUGUUGCAGAACAUGGUCGCUCUGCUGACUUAUGACGAUUCCGUGAAGCGGCUUUUGUUCGCCAAAAAGAUUCCCAAUCACGACGUGCUUAAUGGACUGCUUACCACGCUGCAGGUUCGAAUCAAGGCCCGCCGAAGUGGGGCCAAUGCCCCACCCCCAAUGGCGAUGAACGCAAUGCGACCUGCAUCAAACAAUAAAGCUAAAUAAGUUGACUAUGUUGAAUUUUGUAUCUGUUUAUAACUUUUGACUAACAUUGUCAAUAUCGAAAUAAUUUUACUAAUUUGUAUAUGUACAACUUUUUGUAGUUGAUUAGCCAUUUAGCAAUAUGUUGAACAAUAUUUAUAUAAAAAAAUAAUAAUACUUGUACAUUUUGUUACACAUGAACGACAAUAAGUUAAAAAACUCAGUUACACAAAGCAACUGUUGUAUUUUAAAACAAUAUGUUAGAAACAUUUUACAAAAUAUUUACCGACAGCCUGAAACAGUUUUAUACUUUGGAACCUAUCAUAACACAAUAAACAAUAACUAUUAAUCCCGCA